UUUAAGCCAGCCAGGGUUUGGUCUGAUAGCCAGUCGCUCUGUGAAGCGCUCUGCCUUGCCUUCUUUGAGUCUAGUGGUACUAACUUUAGGAAAUGUGUUAAAAUUCUUUUUGGAAAUUUAUUUGAUUUUUGUGGUACAUGAUCUCCUACUCUGAAUGUAAGCUCUAUUGAAUUUCUCUGUAUUAAACGUCAUAUUAUAUAUAAAAAAUAUGUAUAUAAAUAUUACAAAUUAAUGAAUUCAGAUGCCUUUAUAGAUGUAUUAAUUUAAAUUAUUCAUUUGGAAAUAAAAGAUCAAAUAUUAUUUUAUGAUUUUAAUUUAACAUCUUUUCUUCGCGUAUUUUACAGUUCUGCAGUCGAACGCAAUAUUUAAGGUUAAUUUGUGUACGAGGUUAAAUUUAUAACGACGUUUACAUUUCUUCUUUUUAAAAUACUUUGAAACUGUAUAAUAGUUUUAGUUAUUACCUAGCCUGGCCUAUCCUGCAAGGAAGUUUUACUGCUGCACACUCUCCUUCAACUACUCGGGCAGAAAGUGAAGGGUUAGAUUAUCUACGCUUAGAACAUAAAUGUAAUAAAAAUACACAGUUUACGCCAUUAGUAUCAACAAAUAUAAAAAUAGCAACAACGUGUAUUUCACCUUACUGAGAAUUCUGUGAAUUUGACAAACUUGUCGCUUUUAUGGAAUGAAAUGAAAGCAGGGCAAUGAAAAAAUAAAAGCAGACACACACACACAAAUAAACAGGAGCACUAAAAAACCGAAACUAGUAUCCAAAUGCUUUAUUUGUAUUGUUUAUUCCAGCUUGAUGAUAUAACUAAUGCAACGAAGAACUCCUGGACUCUGACACACAAAUCGGAAGGGUAAUAACAAACCCAACCAUCAGCUAAACAGCUAUAGAGAAAACAUAAUUGAAAGCCACCUUGUGAAGUUCAAAGAAGGCUUGGUAAGACUGACAGCACAGUUCAAUUCACUCUGAAAUUUAGCCAAAAACAAUUUCGAAUUUAAAGAAAUAUAUAUUUUUUUGCAAGAGUAAAUCUACCAAGAAAUUAUUAAAAUUAUCCAGCUUUAUCUUAGCCACGCCUUUCCUGGAUACAGCAAGUUAAAUAUGGGAAAUUGUUUGGAAAUGUACAAAGUGACCCUCAGGAACGCCCCAGGGAUAUACGGUCCCACGGUGGAUGAGAAGAAGCCGUAUCCCAUCCUCGCACACUAUCCUGACAGGAAACCCAUGGGCUUGCGGGAAGGACUGGCCAGAAAGAGGCUGUGUGACGAUAUCAGGCCGCCAUCAGAAACCCAGCUAAAGGCCCUAGAGGUCAGGUAUUGUUUACACUACGCAUGUUCCAUUUUAAUUUUUUGACAUCCUGAGCUUUAGUAACAAAAGUAUAUUGCAAAAAAUGAAGUAGGAAAAAAACUACAGUGGAAACCCUCUAUAACACGUAUUCCUUUUAAUGCGGUCAUGGCAUGGCUCCAGAAUGUUCAUGUCGUUAUUCGAUUUCUUUCUCCCAAAGUACGUGAUAAAGAUUACAAAAAUAUAUAUUCUCAUACGAUCAUUAAAUCCACUUUUUAAACAUUACAUCGCUUAUUUUCCUACAUUGAAAGAAUACCAGUGCCAUUCCCUAAGGCAUACUUUGAAAAAAUCCACAAUAACACGACCUGGCUUUUAACGCAAUCCGAUAUCAUGGGACCCAAUUGUAGCGUUAUUGCUGUUUCAUUGUGUUGUUGGACGUUAUUAUACACAGGGUUAACAUGGGCCCCAGUUUGACCAGGAGCGUGUCGGUUAAGCAACCUUGUUUAAGCAAACUCCCCAAAAUUUGCGACUCUCUCUAACCUUCUAGAACUUUCGUAAAAAAAAACACAAAGUGGUCCCCCCCCCCCCUUUCCCCCCCCAGGGAUUGAUUGCCCCCAUUCUUCACCAGUCCCGCACCUGGGGNGGUGGGGUUGUUUUUUUUUUAUUUUUUUUUUUUUUUUUUUUUUGGGGGGGGGGGGGGUUCUUCCAAACUCCUCUACUUCACAUUUUUAAAGAUAUAUGUAAAUUUCGAUCAUUUAUUUCUCUGUGUUAGUAUAAACUGAAUAAAAGACCCAUAACGUUCGUUACUUCAUUCAUUGGCGAUGCUCUCCUCAACAUCAACCGUUUCACUAAACUUUUUCCCUAUGGAAUUACGCUAUUUAAUAUAUUUUGUGUCUGGAUUUUAUGGCAAUAUGCUCACUCAGGACUAAACGUAAGUGCAUAGAAAUACAAUGUUUAUGUACAAAUGUUAAAUCAUCACAUAAAUAUACUUAAAGUAGAGGAAGAUGCUCACAUAUCUCGAUGUUAUGUUGUGUCACUCUUGGCAGUAGAUAAAUGACAAGAUAUGAUGAUCCUAUAACAUUGUGGCCUGCCAGUGAGCGUAGGAGCUAUCAGACGUAGUUUUUAGGUUAUUGUAAUUGAUAGUUUGCAUCCACCCACCCCUUUAUUUCCCUUCCAUUCUUCAACCCUAAAGAUAUCUAAACAUUUUGAAUUCUAUAAUUAUUUAAUUCAGGAAAGUUUACGCAAUCUAGAUGGCAUGAACAGCCCAUCUGGCCUUGGGACGACCACCACCGUCGUGUUUUCAGUCAACAAUCACGUGGGUCACCUUGCAAGUGCCCUGAAGAUAUUCCAGGUGAGGAAUUUAAACACAGGAGACACGAGAGGCAGUAAAACUAAAGUCGAUUUUUAUCAAACCUCUCACAUUUUUAUUCUAUUUAUUACAAGAGCAAUAAAUAAACAAAAUAAUACCUAUUUAUCAAUGUAAUAUGUAAAUUCUUGAAAUUUGGGUCAUUAGCAAUGAAAUAUGUGUGUCAUGCAACACGUAUAUCAUGCAACACGUAUGUCAUGCAACACGUAUGUCAUGCAAAACGUGUGUCAUGCAAUAAGUGUGUCAUGCAAUACGUAUGUCAUGCAAUACAUGUGUCAUGAAAUACGUGUGUCAUGCAGUAAGUGUGUCAUGGAAUACGUAUGUCAUGCAAUACAUGUGUCAUGAAAUACGUGUGUCAUGCAGUAAGUGUGUCAUGGAAUACGUGACGUGUGUUAUAAGCUCAUACUAGGGAAAGAAAAAAUUAGUAACGCCAUUUCAAACGUGUCAUUCAGGAAAACAAAAUAAAUGUGGUGCACAUCGAGUCGAGAAAGUCAAGGAGAGCGGAUGCACUUUACGACAUCUAUGUGGACGUGGAAACUGACCACAUACGACUUGAGGAGCUGGUCAACAGGCUCAAGAGGGAGGUGGCCAGUAUAACAUUCAAUGAGCUCAACAUCUCAAUGACGCCCCCAGCAUUUACAAAGAAAGGUAAAGAUAUUACCAUUUACAACGAAAGUGUAAAUACUUUACCAUUUACACAUGGCGAAAAGAAAAGUACGCUAUUUAAAAUCAAUUAUGAACAUUUAAAACAUGAGAGAAAACUAUGCAUUUUAAAUAGAUCCAAAAUAUCCCUACUUUUUAAAAGUAGAUCUGUAGACGGUGGCGUGGGAAGAGGGUGGUAACAGGGAAAGUCCUGCCUGUAGGGACUUUCCUUUGAUUUUUUGAAGGAAUGAUAUUUUCAGCCAACUCUAAAGCAUUUUUUUCCGUUGAAGGGGGCGGCAAAAAUCUUUGCCUGCCCCGAUCGACACUAAUCCUUGGUACGCCACUGUUCGAACAUCUAUUGUGAUAAAUGCAGUUACAAAAAAACAAAAAAAAAAACAAAAACAAAAACAAACUCGCUUAGGUUUAUAAACAGCAUAUAAUACAUUUUUUCCCCUCAUUUUGCACAUGAAUUUUUAAAGAACGCUCCAAGUGAGAAGCAUCGAUUAGAUACAUUCAUUCAUCUCUUAGCUUUACUAACAUCACCAUCUCUUAAUUGUUGUUUUACAGCAUGCAUGGAAUUGGUUCCCUGGUUUCCCCGUAAGGUCACCGACCUUGACCAGUGUGCUAGCCACGUUCUCAUGUAUGGGUCAGAGCUGGACGCUGACCAUCCGGUAAGCAGUGCUAAAGAAUAUAUUUAAAAAAAACCCGCAAUAGUUAUAUGAUCAAUAACGAACAAUAUUACUUGGGGCUUGUCAAUGAACUCUAAGAUGAACAAAACUCGUGGACCUCAAUCAAUCUGAUCAUAUGACAUUAUUCAGCAUAUAUAAUUAAAAGGGGUUUCUAUUGCUCAUAAAUAAAAUAAACCCAAAUUACAAAGUUUUUGGUGUAACUCCUUUAUCUACAUUUUUAUUAUUUUAUUUUUUAUUAAUAUUCUAAUGUCCCACCCGGUUUUAUAACGUAGAUUUAUUUCACAAACUAUUUCAGAAAAACAAAAGUAAAUAUUACGCACUUGCGAUAUAUUUUUUUAAAGAACAUCUUUUAACGCACUCUUGGGAGAAUUUUAUCUCGUGAAAUUAGUGUACAUUCCUUUCAUCUUCCCCUUGAAAAUCAGGAAAAAACUGGUUUUUGGGGUAUGGGGCUUAAACUUUAAAGGAUGUGUUGUCGUCGGCAAUGAGUCCAUGAGCCAAGUUUCAGCUCGAUAGGUUGACGGGGAAGAGGGUCAAUUAACCGACUGAAGAGUUUGACACCCGGCCAGAAAGAAACACACGAACAAAAGGGAUGUUAAUAUAAAGGAUUUAAAAAUAGCCCAGCGAAUGAUAUUAACUGUUUAGCGUUUGUCAUUCUUUUGAAAAAAAAAUCAUAAGUUUAUCUGUUUAAGACAAUGUUUCCCAGCGUCGAGCCCACAGGGGGGCAAUUGCAUUGUCAAGGGGAGCAAUUUGAAAAUGCGCUGUCUAGAAUUUGAAAAGGAGCCGUCUUGAGGCGCAUUUGAAGGCCAAACAUAGUGGUCAUAUUAUUUCAGAUUUAAAUUACUGCCAAACGUUAAAAAGAAAUUUUGAAAAAAAAAGAACAUCCUUAAAUUUUCUGUUUACUGCUCAUACUGCCAUUGUCAAUCGUACUCUUGAGGCUAGUUAUGAAAUUUCUUUACUCAUAGCUAAACCUUGGAAAAUGAAACUAUAGGAGAGGGUUUGAUCAAACCAUCAAUAUCAGCCAUUCCUGAAAAGGUUCUGGAAAACGAUGACAAAAACUUGAAAGCUUUGCCACCCAGUAACAAUACUGUUAGCAACAAAAAAUAAAACAUGAAGAUUUUGAAAUACAACUCGUUUAAAAGCUGAAAGAAUGCUCAUUACAAAUUGAUGAAUCAACUUUGAGAGACAGUGGGGCCGUACUGAUAACUUGCUUAAGAUAUAUUGAUAUAGGAGAUUUUGCUGAAGAAAUGUUCUGUAAACCAUUAGAAAGCACCGCUACUUCCAAAGAGAUAAAUAUAUAGAUAUAAUGAGCUAAAAAAUUAUACUUAGAUGUCAAUAAUAUACCAAUAAAAAAUAUGACAUCUUGUGCUACAGAUGGUGCUUCUAAUACGAUGGGAAAGGAAAAUGGCUGCUUAAAAUUCAUAAGGAUGAGAAUCAAGAAAUGCUUUUCGCACAAUGUGCUAUGCAUAGGGAAAACUUGGUAGCUAAAAAUAUUUCGCCUGUUCUUAAUGAAGUACUAAAAUCCGCUCUAAACUGUAUCCAUGCUACUUAAGCAAAUGCCAAAUGUGAACGUCUCAUGCAGACCAUGUGAGACUUUGACUUCACAAUGAAGUAAGGUGGCCCUCGAAAGGGAAACUGCUUGAAAAGAUUUAUGGAACUAUUGGAUACUCUUGGUGACUUUUUAAGUGAGAAACCUGAAAUGAAAUAUCUGUUAACAGUUGAUAGUAAAGCAUUUUUGAGUUAUUUAGACGAUGUCGUUGAAAACUAAAUAUAAUUUCAUAAUCAGCUUCAGGGAGCAAAUAAGACUCUUGUCGAUGCAAAAACAAAAAUAAUUAUUUUCGUUAUCUUCAUUGAAUUUUGUCAGAAAUAAAUUUGCAACAAAAAUUUUGGAAAGUUUUAUUUGCUAAAUUCAAAAUGUCUGCUACCGCUAUACUUGAAAUUUUGUAUCAUCUAAAAGCUGAUUUAGAAUAAAGGUUUUGUGAUUUGAAACAAAUUGAUUUCCCAACUUGGAUGAUACAGCCAAUGUUAAUGGAUUUUUCUGAUAUUUGAAUAUGCAGUAUCAAGAAGAACUCGCAGAAAUGCGAAAUGAUGAGUCUGUUUCAACUUUAUUUAAUAUUAAAGGAGCCGUGGCAUGGCUUUGUAGGUGAAUGGAACAGGCCAAAUUCAAACAAAUGUGCACGACAGCUAUUGUUACCGUUUCUCUGGGCAUGCAAGGAUCACGCGCAAGUUUCUCACUAAAAGUUUCUCACUAAAUUAGUCAUCUCACACUGUAUUUGUGAUCUCUCAUUGUAUUUUAAAAUGAUAAAAUAAAUAAUAAUAAAUGAAAUAAUAAAUAAUUGAAAUAUUUUAGAAACAUUAUUUAGUACUUGAAUACAGUUCCCCAUUAUAUAUUUUGAAAAUUUACUUACUAUUUUGGAUGACAUGUCACUCAUGAUAUUUCAAAACAAACAAGCACCAGAUUUUCGGAAUCCUAUAUAUAAACUAAGUGCAGUCAUUUUAAGCUUUUAAUUUUCAAAGUUAAUAUUACUUUUGUGAUAAUGGUGAAAAACACAAGGUUUAAAAAAAAAAAAAAAACUAACACCAGCGAUGCUUAAAAAAACGUGCUCAGCAAUUAUCUACGAUGAGAGACUGGCAUUUGCCAUGGUAAUUGUUUUGUAAUAUUUAUUGUUCAAGUCUCUUUCCCUUUAACCAUUUGCCAAUCAUAUCCUCCAGUGAUUAAAAACCUUGGUUUAUCAACUAUAAAUACAAAGUAUGGAUUUAUUUUUCUUUCUCAUAUUAUGUAUAGAUAUUUACAAGUUUAUUUUUCUAAAUUUUCCCAGGGGUUUAAGGAUACAGUCUACCGACAGAGAAGGAAAAUAUUUACUGACCUGGCCAUGAAAUAUGCGCAGUAAGUUUGUAUUGUUAAGGGGUCCAUAUAUAUGGACAGAUCGGGGUCAAAUCUUGUCAUGAUAUCAAUAUUUCCUCUUGUGGCGUGAAGGUAUUUGUUUGCAUACGACAUGUUCGUACACCUGUUACUUAAUUUACUCCUUACUUAAAUCCUUACUUCACUCCUUACUUUACUCAUUACUUCACUCUUUACUUCACUCAUUACGUAUAUCCGUACUUUAUUCCUGACUUAAGAGCUUAGUUUGAUUUCAAAAUUACAGUAUAAGCCACUACUUGUUUACUCAGUAAAUAAUAUAAUUGUUCCCUUUACUUGAAAGUUCUAAAAUUGAUUUAAUUAUUUUCAAUCGAUUUUCUCAUUAGGUUAGAUUUUUUUUUUUACAUGUGUGUAUUUAUGAUCAAGUCGAUAAUGUUCGUAAAUUUUUAAAACGCAGAUCCUAAAUUAGAACUCUUUUCAUUUUCCAACAAUAACAUGCAUGUCCAAUAAUUGGUUUACAACAUGCACAUGUAAUCAUGUAGCUUACCUUACAACAACCUGUACCAUCCAAAAUUGACAUAAGGCGGCCGGGUAACCUAUCUACGUCGCCGUGGCCGCCAUUGAACAAAAGCUGUCUGCAUUCAUACAAUACGCAGUAAAAAUAGCAACAAUCGUUUUUUAAAAAUUAGAAACAAAACAAAAAUGCGCCGUUAAAUUAAGAUGAUAAUUUUUAGAAAUUGUAUAGAGCUCUCAUAUUCCACAAAAAUUAAUUUUACAAAAAUGACAUGCAUUGAUCGGACCGAAUGAUUCACACAGCAGACGUCAUAUUUGACUGACUAAUGUUGUCCAGUCCCAUUCAAAGAAAAAAAAAAUCUGGAUGCACCAUCAGUGGUGGACCGAAGUGGUCCAUUGGCCAAUGACUAAAAUCAAAGCAGCCCUAUCUGACGUAAUUUGCCUUGGGGUGGGGGAUCGGGAGACAGAUAACCUUGUUACCAUGAUGAAGAUAAUCUUGUGACAAAAACACAGAUAACAUUGUUACAAUGACGCAGGUAACCUUGUGGCAAUAAGACUGUCAUAAAACAAACGAUAAAAUGAACAUCUAAGUGACAUCCAUCUGUCACUAUGUGACAAUCGUGUGGACUUCCCAGGACGAAAUCUCCUGCAAAUUACCUGUCUCCACGUAUCUGAUAAACCAGUGCCGUCCACAUUGUGUGUAAACGAUACAGCUUGCCCCAAAUCGUGGAGCAGGAGCUGCCAAAAUUUUCUUUUAAGCUAGUUUCCUACCGCCUGCGGGAAUUCAUCUCAGGUUUUUUUUUUUUUAACCCUGCGACACUAUUUAUCUAAACAUAUCUUGCCUCACUAUUUAUCUAAACAUAUCUUGCGACACUAUUUAUCUAAACAUAUCUUGCGACACUAUUUAUCUAAACAUAUCUUGCGACACUAUUUAUCUAAACAUAUCUUGCGACACUAUUUAUCUAAACAUAUCUUGCCUCACUAUUUAUCUAAACAUAUCUUGAGCCACUAUUUAUCUAAACAUAUCUUGCCACACUAUUUAUCUUAACAUUGCUUGUGACACUAUUUAUCUAAACAUAUCUUGAGCCACUAUUUAUCUAAACAUAUCUUGCCUCACUAUUUAUCUAAACAUAUCUUGCGACACAAUUUAUCUAAACAUAUCUUGCCUCACUAUUUAUCUAAACAUAUCUUGCGACACUAUUUAUCUAAACAUAUCUUGAGCCACUAUUUAUCUAAACAUAUCUUGCCUCACUAUUUAUCUAAACAUAUCUUGCGACACAAUUUAUCUAAACAUAUCUUGCCACACAAUUUAUCUUAACAUUGCUUGUGACACUAUUUAUCUAAACAUAUUUUGUGACACCAUUUAGCUAAACGUAUCGUGUGACACCUUUUAUACAAACAAAUAUUGUAAAACUAUAAAUCUAAACAUAUUUUGUGACACUAUUUGACUAUUUGACUAAAAUGUCUUGUGACACUAUUUCUCUAAACAUUUCUUGUGAAACUAUUUAUUUCUCUAAACAUAUCUUGUGCCACUAUUUACCUAAACAUAUUUUUGACACUAUUUAUCUAAACAUAUCAUGUGCCACUAAUUAUCUGAACAUAUCUAGUGACACUAUUUAUUUCAUUCACACGGUUUGCACGCAGUCCCUCAUAUAAUAUCCCAUCAAUGCUUACGUUACUUGACCUUUAUAAAGCUAUAACUGAAAUAACGGAUUUUGUAAAAAAAAAAGGGUAUAUUUGUUUAUGAUAAAGGAGAAUACCAGUAAGUCAAUGGACACUAUAACACGACAGAGUACCGACCGCUGGGACGACGUUUUGACAAACUAAAGACACAGUGACAGUGAUAGCACUUUGAUCAAUUUUCCCUGCUUGACGGAACUAUGCUGACGAAUGUUUAAAAAAAAAAAAGUAAAAAGAAGUUCAAUAAUUAUAAGUGCGUGAGAGAUAGAGAGAGGGGGAGAGAGAGAGAGCGGGAGAGAGAGAUAAAGAGAGAGAUAAAGAGAUAGAGAUAGAGAGAGACAGAGAGAGAGAGAAAGAGAGAUAGAGAGAGAGCGAACGAAAGAGAGGGGGGCGGAAAAUAUUGGUCUUGUCUAUAUACAAUUGUUCAGAACACUCUUAUUGGCGUUCUGCCAAGAGCUAUAAUAAACUUGUGUUGAGACUUUGCUAAAGAAAAAUUAAGUAAGAACGAAGACGAAUACUUUGAGAUGAUGGAGAACAUUUGCAUUUCCGGGUAGAGACAGCUGUUCAAUUGUUGUGAUAAACCAACCGGCGUCCAUUUGUUAGUGAGCCCGAUGAGGCUGGCCACAGCUACGUCAUAAUUGAGUGGAAAAUGAUCCUCCCACUUCCUGUUCGAAUGUUGCGCCGUGGUACCGGAAGAAUGGAGGAUUGUAAGGUCGAUUGCGCAUGUCAUUAACACGGGGCCAUGUGCAUAUAAUUAACUCCGGUCAACGUGUAGGAAUAAUCUAUGUGGAUGGUCGUCUGUCAGAAUCUGACGUCCUUGAUAGUAGCACAAUCCCUCCGCAGUAAUCUUUUAUAUAUUUGACCACAGUGUUAACAUACAAUUCCAUAUUUAAAUAACAAUUAUCUCAGAGGGGUCAUUACUUGAGAAAACAUAUUGCCAACAAGAAAGUGGUGAUUGCAGGGGCGUAGGAAGGAGGUGGAGAUGGCGGUCGGCCCUGGGAAGCACUGUUUUUCGUUUAAUGAAUGGGUGGCAUUUUUGUCAAAGUGCAACUUUUUAAAUGUGGAAAAGGGUGGGGGAAGGGUUGGGCGGGAAAAAUCUUCACGUGCCUAGGCGGGCCUAUCCAUAGAUACGCCACUGACUGAAUAUAAAAGACAUUUUAUGGACAUUUCUAUAUUGCUUUGGAACACAUAUGUGUAUAAUAUACACGGCCUAAUGAAGGCCCCAGGGAUGAGCACCAGGUAGCCUUCUACAUCCUUAAAGUAGAAAACAUUAAGAAAUUUUUAAAAAUUGAUUAAAUAAUAUGAUUUUGAUAGUAUCAUUGUUAUUAUUAUUAUUAUUACAGUGGCUUUACAUAGCUCGUACCCCAACCUACGGCUGGGCUCACCGCGCUUCACAUAAAAAUAUUGGCAAAAAUAAACAUGCCGUUAAAAAAACUACACAAAUUUAUUCAUUUAAAAACAAUUUUAUUUUAAAAAAAGAGUCACCCCGACCACCCUAGAACUAUUUACCUGACAAGCCGUGGAUUGCAUCCAACAGCAUUUCUUAUCGGCCAGAGGUAGGUGAGCAGCAGUUUAUUUAUCUGUGUUCUAUUCCACAAGAAUGGUACCUUAACAAGAUCCUGCCAUUCUCCAUUACACCACUGUAACUUCAGUCUUUUACAUUAACAUUCGGCAUUAGACUGACAUUGAGAUGUGAUAUCUGACUGACAUUUAAAUGACACGGUCUAGUCUAAUGUCAAGGUCUAAUAUGACGGUCUAAGGGUCAAGGUAUAGCGUAAGGCUUUGAUGUCACGUCUAAAGUUUAGAUGUGACAUUAAUGCCUUACACUAUACCUUGACCCUUAUACCAUGAUAUUAAACUUUGACAUUAGGCUAGAUCGAGUCAUUUAGACCGUGAUAUGAAAACUGCGACAUUAGACCUGGACAUUUAGACUGUGGCACAAUGCGGUGACAUUUACACUGACAUUAGACAAUAAUAUUUAGACUGUGACAUAAGAGUGUGACAUUAAAACUGUGACAUUUAGAGAGUGAUAUUUAGACUAUGUCAUGAAACAGACCAAUCUCCAAUACCUGUACACAUCUUGAAGUCAUGUAGACUUACAAUUUAAAACAGUGUACUUAUUGUCUUGAUGUACCAGCUAGAUAGGCCUGCAACGAAUAAAUAUAAUCUGGAACAGAAACUACGAUCGUGUGUGGCCGGACAAGCCUUAAAUACCCUGCAACCAUAAACUUUGGUGGACUGGGCAAGCACUAAAUAUCCUUUGACAUAAAAUUUGGUGGACUGGGCAAGCACUAAAUACUCUCCAACCAUAAACUUUGGUGGACUGGGCAAGCACUAAAUACUCUCCAACCAUAAACUUUGGUGGAGCGGGCAAGCACUAAAUACUCUCCAACCAUAAAAUUUGGUGGCCUGGGCAAGCACUAAAUACUCUCCAACCAUAAACUUUGGUGGACUGGGCAAGCACUAAAUAUCAUGUGACAUAAAAUUUGGUGGACUGGGCAAGCACUAAAUACCCUCCUGCCAUAAACUUUGGUGGACUGGGCAAGCACUAAAUACUCCCCAACCAUCAACUUUUUUCAUGCAGAAAAUAACCUAAACAAUUUAUUGAUAGAUUAUUAUUUUUAAAAAAAAAUUGUUUGUAUCUAUAACAAAGAAACUAAGCGUCAAGACUUGACAUUCGUGUGUGUUUUAAUGUAUACUUUUACUUUGCUAUGAUUUGCUAACGUCUUCCAGAGCAGUAUGCACUUAUAUCAUGUGCACGGUAAAUUGAAGCCAGUAAUGUCAAAAAUACAUUUUUCAUACUUAGGAUUGGGGGGGGGGAGUGACGACCAUCUUUUCUGUGUACAAAAUACUACAUCAAAACUUAUCCUUGUAGUUUUUGAAGUUAAACUCUUAUAAGAUUAUCAUUUUUGGCCUAUGUAUUUAAUAUAUAUGUUAUUUGCCUUAAGGCACCGUUACUUUUCAUUUAAUUAAUCUUAAACAGAACGGUACAACAGAUUACUUUUGUUUCUUAGCUGUUUCUUCGGUUAAAUUUCGGAAAAGAAAAGCAACAUUUUUUUCCAAGAAGUUUUUGUGAAUUUCCUCUCCAACUACAAGAGUAAGUUAUGUCUGACGUAGAUGGCCAGGAUUUUUAUGGUUUCUCAUGUUGACAUGGAAAUGAGUUGAAUAUAAACCAUGUUUCCCCACCAAACUCUGCUUUUCUGUAUUCGAUACCUUUUACGGCACAGCCAUUUCAUGAUUACAUAUUUGUUUAGUUCAUAAAGUUCAAUGUGCAUCCUAAACAUUCCAUUAUAACAUGUAGGUAAGUAUGCAGUAGUCGACACGUAUCUAUAUCUGUCUGAGAUAUGUUCACCUAUAACAGGUCUGUUAUUUUUUUUUAAGGAAGGAGACCCAUUAUGAAGUUGUCCGUACAAAAAAAAAAAAAAAUGUUUGAAACAGCUGCGCCCCUUCCCCCUACUUCAAGCAUCAAGUUUCAAUACAUUGGUUUUCGGUCAGGGAAGUUCACCUAUAACAGGUCUGUUAUUUUUUUUUAAGGAAGGAGACCCAUUAUGAAGUUGUCAGUACAAAAAAAAAAAAAAAAUGUUUGAAACAGCUGCGCCCCUUCCCCCUACUUCAAGCAUCAAGUUUCAAUACAUUGGUUUUCGGUCAGGGAGACCCAUCUGUGGCAAAGUUUUGUAGAGCUGAUCCAAUCUGCUAUUUUUAGGGCGAUCUCCGUUCAAACAAUGCUAAACUCCUUGUAUAAAAUGACGAAUCGUCUCCGAUGUGAGCAAAGAUUAUAUUAGAAACAUCCCCAAUCUCAGGGAUGGGCUCAAUGCAUUCGCUCCGGUGAGUUCUCAUCAAUAUUCAUAGUUCCUAAUGAGCGCAACACGCUGCUCGCCAAAUCAUUCCGGUUCAGGGGUCAAAUCAAGAGAGACAAGCGUGGGUCAAUAACUUCCGCCUACAUUUCGGAGAAGAGGUUGUUGUAAGAGAUCGCAGUUUGGGGGGGGGGGGGGGGGGGGGGGGGGGGGGGCAGAGUGUAUGUGAGGGAGGUGGUAUGAAUGGAGAUGGGGGCGAAGGCGUGCUGGAAACUGUAUGCUUAUUGCGUUCGCUUUGUCUUGCCUUCGUUUUAUUUUUAAACACUGCGGACGUGACGUGGGGGUUGUGUUUAAAACAACAAAAAAAAAAAACGCAUCUUUGGCCCAAUCGCUUGUAUUUCACAAUAUGCUUUUUCGUUAUUGCUUUACAUUCCCCGGCCAUCCCCCGUCUCGUUGCCACAAUGACUGCUUGGAUUUACGGGAGAUUUACUUUACAUUACGGCGGACUUAGAAAGAUUUCUUUUUUUUCUCUCUGUGGUAACUUGGCUGCUUUUUUUUUUUUAAAUAUAUAUUUAUUGUAGCCGCCUCAGAGUAUAUUUAAAUAUACUCUGAUGCGUCUGCAAUAAAAAAGAAAAGAAAUAAUAAAUAAAAUUUUUAAAAAGCUCUGAUGCGCCUACAAUAACAUAAAUAUCCCCAGCUAAGUUACUCCAUGGUAACUUGGCUGUUUUUGUUUUAAAUUUUAUUGUAGCCGCAUCAGAGUAUAUUUAAAAACAAAUGAAAUAAAGGCAAAGGCUAUAAUAGUAUAAUGUUAUAAGGUAGAAAUAAUUUUAUAUACAUGUACAUUUUGGAAUCAAGUCUGAGCAGCGGUAGACACAGGAAAAAAUGAAGUAACAAUAAAUAAACAAUUAAACUAUGAUUUCAUAAUCUCUUCCCCUACGUAUUUUUCAGUAAAUUCAUUCCAGAACCCAUUGGUCCGAUUGAUGACCCACAUCUAAAAUCUCAAAUCAGACGGAUAAAUUUAAUCUCAAUUAGGUCGCUCAAAAUUCAAGUACUUUGAGGGCUCCUUUUAUGCACUUUACAAGGUUUUGUCACUUUUAGCUUUUGAUUUACCUGUAAAGAUUUCUUAUACUUUUAGCUUUUGAUUUACCUGCACACAUGUCUUCUACUUUUAGCAUUUGAUUUACCUGUAUACAUUUCUUCAACUUUUAGCUUUUGAUUUACCUGCACACAUUUCUUCUACUUUUAGCAUUUGAUUUACUUGCACACAUUUCUUCUACUUUUAGCAUUUGAUUUACCUGCACACAUGUCUUCUACUUUUAGCAUUUGAUUUACCUGCACACAUUUCUUCUACUUUUAGCAUUUGAUUGACCUGCACACAUUUCUUCUACGUCAUGCUAUUGCCACCACAGUAGCACUAAUGAAUAUGUGUUGCAUACCAUAGAGCCCUCGUGGUAGUCCAUGCUACCCCCGGGGGCUGCAGGGGGCCUCCGAUUAUAAAGGGGACCAAAAGUGUGAUGUAAAGAAAAAAGGGGGGGGGGUAAAUAUAAACUUUGCUUUGCAUCAAUUGAAUCGAUGAGGAGGGGCAAAACCGAAAAUGGCAGGUUGGCUCCACCCCCGGGGGCUGCAGGGGGCCUCCGAUAAUAAGGCGGACCAAAAGUGUGAUGUAAAGAAAAAAGGGGGGGGGGGUAAAUAUAAACUUUGCUUUGCAUCAAUUGAAUCGAUGAGGAGGGGCAAAACCGAAAAUGGCAGGUUGGCUCCAAAAGUCACAUGAGGCCCCUGACAUACCUGAAGUGUCUAAAGAAUUUUUUAAGACUGUAUGCUUACAUGGGGGAGGGGGGUGAUCACCGCAUUAUUUAAUUUUUUUUAAAAAUGUGUUGUUAUUUUUAAAACUUUAUUAUUUUUCUUUUGUUUCACCGAUCCAAUUGUUUUAUUAUUCUUUUCUUUCCUCAGUGGUACUGAGAUACCGUACGUGGAGUACACAGAGGUUGAGGUUGAGACUUGGUUAGUUCCUGGUCUUACUACUUUUUGAUAUUUAUUUAUAUUUCAAGACAAAAUCCUUUCUUCAGCUAGCCAGGGACAUCGUUUUGGGUCUCUAAAUAUCAUUUGUGACAACAUUAGGAAACAUAUUUUUUAAUGAGAAAAUAGAUCAACAUGCAUUGCACAUUGAAGAGAAACAUUUAUUAAAUAUAUUUUGUGGCAAUAUCAGGGAAGACAUAAUUUUUUAAAUGAGAAAAUAGAUGAAAUAGAUUUCAAAUUGAAGGGAUACAUUAAUUAAAUAUCGUAUGUGGCAAUAUCAGGGAAGACAUUAUUUUGAUGAAUAUAUGUUCAGUUUAAAAAAAUACAAUGUACAUUCAAAGGAUAUAUUUAUUAAAUAUCAUAUGUGGCAAAAUAAGAGGAGAAAUUAGAUUAAUGAGAAUAUAGUCAGGAUAAACUACAAUGGCAAUCGAAAGGAUAUAUAUUUUAUUAGAUAUUAAAAAUAAUUAUUUUGAAAUGUAGUAGUGGGAAAUAAAAUAAUAAAAUGUUUCAGGGGAAUAGUUUUCCGUGAACUCAUGAAGCUGUACCCCACCCACGCGUGCAGAGAAUACCUGGCCAACAUCCCUCUCCUGGUGGAGCACUGCGGAUACAGGUCAGUAGGUUAACUCGUGGAGCACUGCGGAUAAAGGUCAGUAGGUUAACUCAUGGAGCACUGCGUAUACAGGUCAGUAGGUUAACUCGACGAGCACUGCGGAUACAGGUCAGUAGGUUAACUCGACGAGCACUGCGGAUACAGGUCAGUAGGUUAACUCAUGGAGCACUGCGGAUACAGGUCAGAAGGUUAACUCAUGGAGCACUGCGGAUACAGGUCAGUAGGUUAACUCAUUGAGCACUGUGGAUACAGGUCAGUAGGUUAACUCAUGGAGCACUGUGGAUACAGGUCAGUAGGUUAACUCGUGGAGCACUGCGGAUACAGGUCAGUAGGUUAACUCGUCGAGCACUGCGAAUACAGGUCAGUAGGUUAACUCGUGGAGCACUGUGGAUACAGGUCAGUAGGUUAACUCCAUAUACUCGUGGAGUACUGUGGAUACAGGUCAGUAGGUUUACUCGUGGAGCACUGAGGAUACAGGUCAGUAGGUUAACUCAUGGAGCACUGCGGAUACAGGUCAGUAGGUUAACUCAUGGAGCACUGCGGAUACAGGUCAGUAGGUUAACUCGUCGAGCACUGCGAAUACAGGUCAGUAGAUUAACUCGUGGAGCACUGUGGAUACAGGUCAGUAGGUUACCUCCAUAUACUCGUGGAGUACUGUGGAUACAGGUCAGUAGGUUUACUUGUGGAGCACUGUGGAUACAGGUCAGUAGGUUAACUCGUGGAGCACUGCGGAUACCGGUCAGUAGGUUAACUCGUGGAGUACUGUGGAUACAGGUCAGUAGGUUAACUCAUGGAGCACUGUGGAUACAGGUUAGUAGGUUUACUCGUGGAGCUCUGCGGAUACAGGUCAGUAGGUUGUAAAAUAAAUUAUUACAUUUUUUGGCAUUGACGAUAGCGUAACGACACAUAUCACUUCAGUUGUUCAGCUUAUGUAAGCUGAAAGAGAACCAAUGUGACUGGUGUUGUGAUGGGUUAUGCAAUCACAUUAUAUAAGUCUUUCCAACUUUUCUAUACUCUGCUCCCGCUACGAAUUAUUUGUCUACAAACCCUACAAAAGCAACAUUGCAUUUAAUUUAUUGAAUUUGCAUAUUUAUUAAAUAGCAAAAAGAGCUGCAGAACUUAGAACAAAAUCAACCCAUGGCUUAUUUGAUAAAGGAUAAUGUUAUUAAUGAUUAAAAAGUCUAAAGAAAUGUUUAUAUAUUUCUUAACUUAUCAUUGUUAACAUUUUCCUUUAUGUGAUAAGUCAAAUGUAUAUUUUCUAUCUUUAUUUAAAAGCUUAUCUUUUCUAGAAACACUUUUGCUCUCAUCACCUGGCAUGCUUUCUUGCACCCAUGGGGUACGGGGACCCCAGAUAGGGAAAGCCUAUUCUAGAUGAUGAAAAUAGAGAUCUAGAAUCCACUUUGCUUUGACACUAAGGAAUGCCACAAGAAUUUAGGCUGUCAAUCAUAUUCCGCGAUCAGAGUGUCGACCAUUUGCCCACAACAUGACAUCUCUUGAUCGGUCAAUACUUAAGAAAGAUUGUAAAAUUAUGCCCUAAGAAAUCAGAAAAUUAAAUAGAUGGAUUAUUUUAAUUUUCGAUCAAUUUUCUAUCUCCUCCCCAGAGAAGACAAUGUGCCGCAACUGGAAGAUAUCUCUAGGUUUCUUAAAGGUAAGGUAAAGCGCUAUCAUUCAAUCUUCAUUGUCAACACGGUUUAAAAAAAAAUAAACAAAAAACCCCAACUAUUCUUGCCUAAUCCAUUUUAAAUAUAAUGCAAUUUAGUUCUCUAUAAUGUUUUGAAACACAUGUAAAAUUUCCUGUCCCCCCCCCCCACCCUUUCCGCUCUUUACCCUCCACAAAUGGUGUUCAAGGUCGACCCGGAUACACAUUUUAACAUAUUUUCAAUCUUGUGACGAAAGUUUGCCUUAACUACUCUUAUUUUUCUUAACCCCGGUUUAUUUAAAAGAAAGAACUGGCUUUACACUACGCCCUGUGGCCGGCUACUUGUCAUCCAGAGACUUCCUUGCCGGAUUGGCUUUUAGAGUUUUUCACUGCACACAGUACAUACGUCACAGGUCCGAUCCAUUCUACACACCCGAACCGUAAGUUGGCAAAAUUCGCAACAACAGCAAACAAAUAAUAAUAAUUUAGCGGCUUUAUUUCUAUUUAAUCUUGACAGGACAUCUGAUUGUAAUUUACCGCUACUUUAUGAAUGAAUACUGUUGCCAUAUUUCCAGGGACUGUUGUCAUGAGCUGAUGGGUCACAUGCCUCUUUUAGCUGACGCUUCUUUCGCACAGUUUAGCCAGGAAAUAGGACUUGCUUCCCUUGGGGCUUCUGACAACGACAUCGCCAAGUUGUCCACGGUCUGUCUUUGAUUUAGUUUGUUAUCUAAACUAUAUACUAGUAUAAUAUAUUUGUUAGGAUAUUUUUAUUUUUUAGAUCGUGUACAUUUAAUUCAUAGGCUAAUGUCUGUUGAACAAAGUAAUAAAUAUUUAGAAAUUCAUUUGAAAAAUGUGAAAAAAUUGUUGACGUCAACAACAAUGCUAAUCUCUUCUCCAAAGUGCUACUUCUUCUCAGUGGAGUUUGGACUUUGCAAACAAGAUAGCGAAUUGAGAGCAUUCGGAGCUGGUCUUCUGUCUUCCAUCAGUGAGCUAGGGGUAAAUAUGAACAUACUCUUAUGACAUAAUGACGUAGUGAACUUUCUGUAAAAUAUAAACAUACUCUUAUGAUCCAGUGUUAUAUAAUGAUGGAUGGAGAAUUCGUAGAAAAAAAGAGACACAACAAUUAUUUGAAGACCGAACCAUCGUCACAAGAUAUUAAAAACUCAGGUGGCACUGGACAGGACACCGUGAGAAAAUACCGGAUUGUAAAGUACCAAAGGCGAUAUACAGGCAGAAACACAGGGGCAGACGGCUGGCCGGUCAACCAAGACUGAAAUGGAUUGAUGCUGUAUAGAAGGACUUGCACAAGCAUAGAGGGGGAAGCGAUGGGUCAAUCCGAAUGGAAGUAUGGGGUACAGCUGGUCAGGGCUCAACGUGUGCUGUAGCAUCACUGAUGCUAAUGACUGCUACAUUAGCUGGGGGUCCGCACAUGGAGACAGAAAGCCAUUGAUCGUUCUGAAUGAAAGCAUGUGGUGUAGCUGGCCAGGGCCCUACAUGGGCUGUCGCGUCUAAUGAUGAUGAUAAUUAUUGACAAAACACAAUGGUGAGCUUAGACUAAAAAUGAACAUACACUUAAAAAAAAAAACGCAUUUAACAAAUGUUCAUUGACUGAACAAAAAGUAAAAAAAUAUACUAUGCACAAGUGGAAGCUGGAAACAUUGUGUGGCUGUACAAGCGCAUGCGUGUUUGAUAUCUCUUGAUAUUAAUGGUCUUAUUGUUCAUUAUAUGUGAGCAAAACUAAAAAAAACUUGUUGGUAUUAGAUAACAGCCAAUGAUCCAUCUAGAUUUCGAAAGAAAGGCCACCUUUUCUUGACACAGAAAUGGGUAGAAAUCUGAAAAAAUAUAUAUUUAGAUAUAAAAUGGUGCAGAAACUCCAUAACUUCUAUUUGCGUGUAUGUGUGAGUGUGUUAAUUGUCUUAAAACCAACCUUUUCAUUAAAAAAAAAAAAGUAGAAAAUGCCCUAAUUUUUUUACCAGGUUUCAAAAUCGGUUGGGCGCGUCAGAAUUGAUAUAAUGAGAUACUCUUUCUUGAUAUAACUUGAUACAUGUCUACUGGUCUUUGAGUAACACUGAGUAAUUCAUCAUUGCCAUUUAUUGCCUUUACACUAUUAAACUAAUCGGCUGGGUUUGGAGUAGUGCGAAUAUCACACACGUUUAAACCUAAGAGUUGAGAAACAAAUGCGUUUAUUUGGCAGACACGUUGGAAAGUCUUCACUAACAUCUUCAAAGUGUUGUUAACAUUUGUGACGUCAUUCACAAAUAGGCCGCAAGAAAGGCUUGACAAGUGACGUCCUUGAGACCACUGGUCCAGAAUAUACUGAGAUAUUAGAAUGCUAAUUGAAUACAUAAACAAUAUAUACAGAUAUAAUAGAACAGUAGUGAAAUGCAUUAAAAUAAAACGAUAUAUUAGCAAACUAAUGGAAUAAAAAAAAUGGAAAACUAUUGGAAUUCAUAUACCUAUAUAUAUAUAUAUAUAUAUAUAUAUAUUAGAGCAUUACUGGAAUAUAAUUAUAAAAACACUUGUACAACUAUUUGGGACAACAUCCAAGCUAAUCCCAAAAUCAAACAGCUUUGAACUAUACUACUUGUUUUGUUCAUUUUCGAGUUCAGAUAAGUUGAUUAUUUACGUUGAUUAUAUCAUCAAAGUUGAAACUUAUCACGAUAAUUAAUGCUGAGAACUGUCGACCAGUAGAAGUGAUCCCCCGACAAAUGUGGCCCGGAAAUGACUUUGUGACCAGGAAAUAGUUCUUAACGCUGAAACGAACUCUUUGUGUAGCUAUUGGAUGCCUUAGAAGUGUCAACAAAGACAGGGAGUCUUUUUCAAUUCGUGGUCCUAAAUAAUCAAUGAAACAUCUUAAACAGUCGUAUAUAGGUUUAACAUGCUGUACAAAUUCAUAAAGUUGAAAAACCUUCUUUUAACGUAUUCUAAUUCUUAUGCCAAUAAUCUUCUGUGGUCAGUUUUUCUCACCAUUCUGAGUUAAAUAUUUUUUCAACCUUAAUAAAUAAUAAUAAUAAUAAUAAUAAAGUUUAUUUAAAAAACACGCUUAAUCCCCAAAGGCUCGAAGCGCGGUACAAAGUCAAAAUUUUUAAAAUAAUUUACCACAUUUAAAACAAACGCAACUCUACAAAAACAAAUUACAAGCAUACCAAGUCAAAGUCUAAUUGAGAUCAUUUCAGACUUCUAAAUGAAAAUGUGUGCAUAUAUCUGUUUUUAGUUGUUGCCAUUCUGUCUAUUGCUUAAGAAAUUCCACAAUGUCAGUUAACCAUUACUCUUCUUUUUUUCAUGUGGCCAGCAUGCUCUGAGCGACAAGGCCGUCAAGAAGGUGUUUGAACCUCUGCACAUGUGCACGCAGGAGUGUCUUAUAACAACAUUUCAGGACGUCUAUUUCUAUACCGACAGCUUCGAGGAGGCUAAAGAAAAAAUGAGGUGAGAUGUCAGAGGUCACUGGAACCCAAGAGAUGUUUAUCAGAUAAUAUGAACGCUCUCCAUUACACUGAUUUUUUAAAGAGUUUUUUUUUUUCUACAUCUUUGCGAAAUGAAUGAUGAAGUGAUCAUUACACGUGUAUGGCCAACAUCUAUACUGUUUAAACAGAUGAAGUCAAACAUAUUCCCAUAUGGCUAUUUUAUAUCAUGACAUAAAAUAACUAACGUAGCGCCUAAAUGUUCAAAGUAGUCGGACCUAUUUUAAAAAUUCUUUAUAUUAACUUCGCUUUUGUUUGUGGCUGGCUGGCAAAAAAAAAAUCGGACGGCUAAUUGACACACUUCCCGUCCACCUAUCGAGCUGAAACGUGGCACACAGACUAAUUACCGAUGAAAACACAUUUUUUGUUCACAUUUGCAGCCCCACUCAUAAUGCCGCACAUUUAAACAAGAAAAAAGAAAACAUAGACUAAUUACCGAUGAAAACACAUUUUUUGUUCACAUUUGCAGCCCCACUCAUAAUGCCACCCAUUUAAACAAGAAAAAAGCAACACGCGUAGUUUUAGUCUACACAGUAAUCCUUACAGAAGCCAUAAUCUUAUUUUCCAGGCAGUUUGCCGGGACUAUAAAACGUCCAUUCGCUGUCCGAUACAAUCCCUACACGGAGUCAGUGGACGUCCUGGACAGCACCAGGUGCAUCGCCUCAGUGGUCAGUGAGCUGAAAGGUGACCUCUGCAUCGUCAGCGACGCUCUGAAGCGCCUGCAACUGAUGGAAAAUUUUCGCUUCUCAGAUUAAAGAAAAAACGAUAUCUUAGUCUUAUUGGUAUUCUGAUCUAGGUUAAGUUUAAAUUUCCAUUCAGUGGCAAAGUUGAUCCUUGUUCGAGGUUGAGACUUUUGUUCAAGGUUGACUUUUGUUCAUAGUAUAUACUUGUGCAAAGGUUUAUGGUACACUGCAAAUGUUUCGAAGGGAUGGCCUCUGAAGUAGUCCAAUUUUUCGUAUUUUGUAUUGCUUAAUCUCUUCCUUUGUUACGAAUCUGCUGAGCACUUAUGUUCACCAACAUGGCUUUCACAUCAAUAGGCAAGGGUAUGUUGAAGAAGGCGUUUGCAACUGAGUGGUAAUAAACUUAAGACCUUUGAGGGGUUUGGAUUUUCUGGCAAAGCCUCCAAUCUCUCCUGAUGCCAGUUUAACAUUAUUGUAUCCCCAUUGUGUACUUGUAAACAAGAAUAAAGUCAUAACGACUCGUGUACAAAAUGUUCUACAUAUAAACAAAGAGUAGUAUUUCUCAAUGACGCCUUUGCAUAUAUGAUAAACGUAUCACAAUUCUGAUGGCAUCGGAGACAUGACGAAACGCAUAAAAACCCCUGAUAACAUUGCACACAUGACAAAACGUAUGAUAACCCCUGAUAGUUUUGCACACAUGCCAAACGUAUGAAAAACAUUACAGCAUUGCACACAUGACAAUACUUAUGAAAACCCCAAAUAAUAUAGAAUAAAAGAUCGACAUGUAACAUAUUAUCAUGUAGAUUUUUUCCCCAACUUUCUUGAGCUGAACAAAUUUAUCAAAAGUACAAUUAUUUUAAAUCCUAUAUCUUGGAUGGGGAGGAAGAAAUGAUUGAAAUAAUAUUGAAGAAAUAAUAUUAUUUUAAAAAGAUUUUCUAUUGGCAUCACUAAAAGUUUGCAUGCCCCCCCUCCCCUCCCCCCUCCCCCGACUGUCUCGUAUGCGCGUUCAGUAGGCAUUCUAAGGUUUGUUCUACUUAUAGCACUUAUAGUAAGGAUCACACAAACAUUUUUAAAAUCUCCUUGCAAAGCAUUCCAUUUUAAACCCUUCUUAUUUCUUCACUUAUACUUUGUGUUUUUUUGUGUAAGCCUUCCAAAAAAAUUCACUGCGUCCAGACACAUCAAAGACAUUUAUUUAGUCAGUGGAAAUGAAAAUAAAUAAGAUGCUUUUAGCAUAGGCUUUCGCGGAUAAGGUGAUCCCCCCCCCCUUCCCCCACAAUCGCAACCGCCCAGAUAAGGUGUGUCAUUCCCCUGCCACCACCCACAGAUAAUGUGAGUUAUUUCCUGCACCCACGAUUUUUCAAGGCCACACACACAUAGAUGUGAAGCAUAUUUUCAUUCCAUCACCUCACCCAUCAUACUCAACUGAGGCAGUCUCCUACACCAUUAUGGAACACGGAACACUUUGCAUUCCAUCCUUGCACCCUGACUACACAGCGCCACCUAUCGCAACUCUCCGCCAUUUCUUAAAACUAAAACCAAAACCAACCAAUGAACAUAAUGAUUUUUGUUAUUUCGCCACACACGGGAACCUUACUCUCAAUCAGAACCUUGGAUAUAUUAUUAUUACAUUUCUUAGUUGAGUGUUGUAAUUGUCCCAAGGGAAAUAGUCAAACGCACUGGUACAUUUAAUGAAGAGCUACCAAUAAAAUAUGGCAUUAUUUGCAACAUACUGUGUGCGGUGUUUUUGGAGUUUAUGAACAAGUUUUUAUUUUUUGAAAUUGUCAUAUAUUUUUUUUCAUUGGCAUCCGUCCGUCACAAUGGGACGAUGGUGUAGACUUCGCAGGUCGAAAUCACAAGGCCUGAGAUAUUUUUUUAUUUAUUUAGGAAUAUAAGCUGGUUCUCUAGACCGAAAAUCGCCUCUCUCCACGCACCUGGACAACCCAAGGGAACAUCAUGUACGGAUGAUACAGAUUGACACUAGUUGCGUCGCUGAAGUUGUCGGAAAUUUUCAUUGUAUGUAUUAAUGUAUCCGCCUACUGGACUCCCUCUCCGGGUUUUGAGUCAAUGCAGACAACAUAGUGCUACUGGGCAGAAACAGUAAUUACAUAAUUAUAGCAUUCGGGGAAAUUGAAAAUGACUCAUUCAAAGCUGGUCUUGAUGUAAAUGAACCGAAGAGUUUCCCUCUCUUAGUUUAAUUGCCGUCAGUGGUUAACGGGUCCCAUUCACUCGGGGUGCUGGUGAUGUCCUUGCUUGACUUAAAGCGGGGUCUCAAACUCGAAUUAUCAGGGGGCCUAAGGAGAUAAAGUCUGAGUGAGCUUGGGCCGCAUCAAGCAUUCCUCAAAAAAAAAAUGAUUACAAAUUCAAUAAAGUACAACUUUUUCAAUAUACUCUGCCUUUAUUAAUAACUUAUUAUAACUACAAGGGUUCUCAAUAACUUGGCUUUACGCACUCCUUCCUACUCCUUGCUG